AUGGUAUCGACUGGCCCGAUGCACUUGGCGUUUCUUCUGGCGACGAUCUCUGUUCUUUUGCGCGGUGGAUCUGCCAUUGACCCGCCGGCGCGCACCGAUGUGCCACCCCCUCCCCUCCCGACAGGAUGCUUCUUGAACUCGGUGUUGAACCCUCUAUGGGAAAUCUCACAGCUCCAGCACAAGGACUCCUCUUUGAGUCUCGUCCUGGCCAACCCAGCUGAUCAAUCAGUCUUCUACUGUGCGGGAACCAAGAGGGAAAACAGCAACCUGAUCCAGCCCACAUGCGAGACAGAUCGUAAUCAUACCGCUGCUAACGUGACGUUGCUCUUCAACCCACCUCUUCGCAGUCUGAGUAUUGAACAAACUUGGAUUUGCACCGACAACCAGCAUAUGACCCCCACCACGUUCCACGGUACGGGCAACACCACCCUGACUUCGUCCUGCCCCGAGGCAUCCUGCCUCCCGGCCACGGAGGUUCGCGUCUAUGCGUCGCUUCAAAGCCCAGUGUCGUUUUCCCCUGUGAUGCCGCCGCCCCCUCCUGGCCACGACCACCCCGGCUGCAAGAGGGCGUCGGGGUCACCGACCUGGACCGUGUCCGGGUUUCGAUGGGACACGGGAGCCGUGCCGGUCUACAACCCGGAUGUGCCCAUCCAGCAGUACAGGCCAGGCUACGCGCUUCACCUGGGACUGAUCAACCCCGCGACUGGCCAGAACAUGACUUGUGUACAGACCAUCGGGACUUGGGCCCAGGCCAACCAGAGCGGCUCGCCGUACGAAAUGCCCUUCUGGGGCCUCGACAAACCACUGUGGCAGGAGUGCGUUGACACGCACUGGACAAAUCAGUUCAUCAAUAACUACAACACUUGGACCAACGUGCUACUUGACCCGGACACGCGCCGUUUGUACGUGGAUCAGACAUGGUACUGCGACGACGAGGGACCCGAGCAUCCUAUCCAAUAUACAGCCAACGGCUCCGUCCCCAUCCCCCCUCUGCACUGCGUCCCGCGCACCAGCCUUGACGAGUUCGACCCCUUCACCAACGUCGUCGUCAACGGCAGCACCUGCACGGCGGACAGCCCCUUUCCCGUCUCGGGCACGCUCGUCUCGCAGUACACCAUGGCGCCGUACGCCCUCACGCUCCCGCGGCCGGCCGCGAAGCGGUGCACGGCCGACUCGCUCAACCCGGACCUGCGCUACAUCCGGCUGUACGCGCCGCUGCAGUUCGAGUACCGGUCCUACAAGACGCUGCGGGACGGCGAGGGCCUCGUCGCGGGCCGACUGGAGUUCCUGCUCUGGAACGUCGGCCAGGACACGGAGCUGGCCUGCGACGGCUGGAACGGCCGGCUCAACAGCAACGCUAGCAUCGGGCAGUACGACCCGGACUACUGGUUCGACUGCCGCGAGGAGCUAGACGUCGGCCAGAGCACGGAGGAUCCGAACCGCCUGCGCACGCGCUAUGCCCGUGUGAAUUUUGAUGUCGGUGCCUCGCUGCUCAGGGUGAAUAUCUCCUGGACGUGUGAUGACGAGUCGCCCGGGAGAAAGCUGCCCUUGGAGCUCAUGGACUUGCCGGGGAAGAUGAUCUGGUCGCUGAAGAACUGA